UUUGAUUUACAUUGCGUCAAAGAAACCGCAUACUGUAUCAACACAAACAUUCGUGCAAGAGGUUGAGGUUCUCGAAUUCAUUCCAUUUCUGAUAAUAAAUUCGCCGUGUAUGGCCGGACCGGGACACAAGAUGAAGGUGCUAUCGCUCUACAAACAGCUGCUCCGUGCGUCACAGAAGUUUGACUCGUACAACUAUCGGAUGUACGCCCUACGACGGAUCCGUGAUGCAUUUAGAGACAACAAAGCACUGACCGACGGUGCGACCAUUGCCAGCGAGCUAUCGUACGCACAGAAAAAUCUCGAUAUCAUCAAACGACAGACCAUAGUUGGACAGUUGUACGGAGCACGGGAUAAGCUAGUGAUAGAGAAGUAAGCCCCAGUCGACAUUUAACAAACUCGUACCGGAACGCUGUAGUGCUAGCAGUAACCCCGUCGAAAAUGCUGCCUAAUGCUUUAACAACAUGAAAAAAAUGGGAAAGAAAAACCAGGGGCAGAGUCUUUACGUUGCAUGCAGAUACGCUUUGGAAAUGUGUUCGACGCUUGACUUUACGCAAAAUGAGAUGGGCCAGCGCAAAAAGCCAUAAUCAUAACAACGGGAGCGAUGGAACAAAUGUGUAGCAAAAGACAGCGAAAGAAGCCGUUACUGUACUACAAAUACAUGUUGUGUAACUAAUUACAAUCGUUAAAGAUAGUUUCGUGAGAAUAUAAUGGAUUAAAAUAGACAGUAAA